GCUUUUGGAGAAGCACGUGGUCACCAUAUGGAUGGUCAUAUAUAUUUGACAGAUCUUAAAGCUCAACCAAUGAGAAGCAACCUGGGGAUGAAUAUGUGGGAUGCUGAUGGAGAUAUUGUGCCACUGCCAAAUGAUAUAGACGGACAUAUUGAUCGAUUUCCAAAUGAAGAAUAUUCUAGGCCUGGUAAAAGACCAAGAGUUUAUGAUGAUAGCCCCAAUGAUUUUCCAGAACAGAUCCGAUUGAGAGAAUUUGAUUUUAUUAAUAAGGGUCCUGGGCAACGUCGAAAACCAUAUCAUGAUUACCAUUUUCAUGAUGACAUCCAGCCACUGCCACAAAUGAGACAAAGGCAUUUCCCUGACCAUCAGUUUCAUGAUGACUACCAAGAAGAAAUGCAGAUUAAAGAUUUAAAAUUUAGUACAAGAGGAUCAAGACACAGAUUUCAGUCUUUUCAAGACCACCAGCUUGAUAAUGACUUUCCAGGAAAUGUAUCAGGUGGAGACAUUAAUAUGGACUGUAGUCAAAGGCAUAGACAUUUUGCUGACGCUCCUUGUUAUAACCAUAGACCGACAGAUAACCAGCUCAAUGGAGGGCGAGGACAAAGACGAAGACCAUUUUACAAUCGGCAGUCUAGUGAUGAUUUUCAGUCACCCUUGCAGGACAAAAAUCAGUUGUUCCUGAACAAGAAACCUAUGGAAAGACUAAGAUUGUUUCAGAAUGAUGUUCAUGAUGAUGUCCAGCCACCUGCGGAAGAUUUUGAGUAUGUUGCUAGAGAGUGUGGACAAAGAAUUGUACCUUUCCUUGACCAGCAGCAUUACAGUGAAUUGCGAAGAAAAUUGUCAUUAGAACAUUUUGAUGAUGAAGAUUCCAAUGGAAGAAGUAGACCAUUCCAUGAUAAUCAGUCAUACUGUGAUUUUAGUGAGAAGUCACAGAUGCAAGAUUUCCAAAACAGGGGACCUGAACAAAGGCUGAAUUCUUUUAAUGAUCAUUCAACUCACAUUAAUGAGUCAUACGAGGAAUAUUCUGAAAGAAGCCAUCGUUUUCCUUCUCAUGAGUACUACACAGAGUCUCCCUUACUUCAGAGAGAUUAUGGAUCUGAUAAAGAUAAUUAUAGUAGAACUUGCAGAUCUGAUUGCCUUGACAAUUACAGGAAAAUCCAUCCUUCUGAUGUAAUUAACAGAGAAGGAAAAGCUAGAUUUGCACCAUAUUCUUCUUACCUAACCCUUCACUCUUCAUCUUCACAUCAGGAACUGAGUUCAGUCUCAUUGCACAGUGAAAGGGAACAUCAGCGUGAAAUUAAGAGAGAGAUGAGCCAGGGGAAAAAAUUACCGGUUGUAACCAUUGAUUAUAAUUAUGGCUUGCCUUUGGACUAUGCUUCUGAAGAGGAAGAUAGAGCUCAUUAUGACCCACGCACAACAGAGCGCUACAUUUUGAAAUGAAUUGGACGUGUACCUGCAUGAAUUAUUUUAUUGUAUUCCUGUAUAUUGACCAAAUUACUGCUGAAGUUAAAAAAAACUUCAUUAUCAUUCAAUGUUACGAAAAAAUAUCUGUAAUAAGUCUAGUUCAUUUUUUUCCUAUUUAAAUGAUAAAUAAUUGGUUAAAUAUAUGUGAAAACAAUGCCUGAUUUAUGUAAAAUAAAACUAGAUUCUCAUUCAUGAGACUGAACAACCAUAACCAUGAACAAAUUGUUCUCGCUGCUUUCCUCAACAUAUGUAUAAAGUGUUUCAGCUAAAAUAUAGUAAAACAAUUGGAUUACUGAUUUUGAUAUAAUGUUACUCUAAAAUAAAGUAGGAUUUGAAAGGAAUGCAAAAUAUAUAAAG